AUGGCCAACAUUUCCGUGAGUGCACGAGGAAGAGACGGCAAAAUCAUACGAAUUACACGGGACACUGAGACUUCUACAUCGACUUCGAUGAAUCCCCCAGAGAGGAUUCGACCGACAACUUCAAGGAGAAGAAGACGUAUGAUUAUUGAAGACGACGAUGAAGGACAUAAUGAUCAGGGGGAGCCUUCUAUAGUGCAUGAGGAAGAUGUGGUACAUGGGCAGAUGGAUGAACAUGAGCAUAUGGUGCACGAGCAGGUGGAUGUACAUGAGCAGGAGGAGGCUGCACCUGCUCAUGAGGGAGAGCAUAUGGAGGAGGAACAUGAUGAAGCUGAGGGACCUGGUGAGUUGACACGGUAUCCUGGAGGGCCUUAUGAUUUGUCUGUCCUUACACGAUACCGUUAUCAUGUUUCAGCUAGACUAUGGUUUGGUGAGCGACCAUUGCUGAAAAUUGUUGCGCAUGGGAAGAAAAUCCAACAAUUUACUCUGCCGCAUUCCGAGACAUCGUCAUUUCACAUGCCAUUUGGUGAAAUGACGAUUACUUUGGAUGAUGUUGCCAAUCUUCUCAUAUUGCCUAUUAGGGGUGAGUUCUACAGUCCACCCGAUGUAGAUAUAGUAACGGCAUGUAAUCUUGCCGUCCAUACAUUAGGAGUGACCACAGAAGAGAUCUGGGAGGAGACCAAAAAGACUAGAGGUGCACACUGUAGACUGGAUUGGUUGAAGGAGAUCUUCAGAAGGCAAUGUGCAGCAGAGAGGUUUGAAUGUGCUGCUAGGGCAUAUCUGUUGAAUUUAGUCAGGAGUACUAUUUUGUUUGAUAAGAGUCAUACUCUAGUUGAUGCGAAAUACCUUCCUUUAUUCAGAUAUUUAGACGGCACAGAUAAAUAUGCAUGGGGUACUGCUGCACUAGUGGUGCUUUAUGACUACCUCUCAGAUGCCUGCUAUUAUGACAUCAAACAGCUAGGUGGAUAUAUGACGCUGCUUCAGGUAUCAAUUAUAUUUUAG